AGAGUUUUAAAGGGUUUUCCCUUUAUCAAAUUUCGAAUCUUUGAUUGAAAUGGGUGUCGAGCAUUUCUCCAACAAUCUAUUCUCAACCCACAAAUUUGAUUUUCUUGUUGUGAAUGAUUUCAUCUUCUCCGUCUCAAUUUUAUGUAAAAUCAAGCAGCCUUGAGGAAUGCAUAAAGAGGGGUUUUAUGAGGCUGAGAAGCUUUCUGGGUGUUAACUAAAAGUCCUGUUGUUGCUGUGUGGUUCUCUUUUCAGGUUGGUCUAGCCGGAAUAGAACAACGUCCUUCCACUGUGAUACUGGUAUCUAUCCCUCUUUCUGAGACACACGCUGUACUCUGGACAUUUAUGGAUAUAUCUUGAUGGGUUUUUUCUGGUGGUGAUGUUCUUGUUAUUUUGGGGCUCAAAAUUGGUUCUUUAUGAGUGAUCUUUUUGUUGUGUGGGAAUUGUGUUUCUAUUUCUUGAUGGGAAGUCGGUCUCUUUAUUUGUGACAAAAUGGUAAUGGUAGAGGUGAGAGACUCUGUAAGAAGCCCUAGAAUUCCUCGAUUUCUUGGAUGCGUUUUUUGUGGGCUUCAUGCAACCCUUGUGGAUAACAAUGGAGGGUUCAUCUGAGUCUGCUUGGCAGCAAUCUGAUAGUUCUAGGGGAUUCAAUACGUCUGGUGUCUCAGACAGGGAUCCAAGGCAGCCUCAUGUUGAAAGAAUUGACAUUUCAGGCGAUGCAUCGUUUGAUUUUGGGUCUGGAAAGGAGGAUGAAGGGGAUUUGCUGGCUCAGAAUGAUCAACUUAGAAGUCAGGUUGGUAUCUCUGGGGUUUGUGAGGAUGAGGCAGCAGUAAACCCUUUUGUCCGCUCUAUAGAAUGGGGUGAUGUUAGCUUGAGGCAGUGGUUGGAUAGACCAGAAAGACCUAUUGAUGUGUUUGAGUGUUUGCAUAUAUUCCGGCAAAUAGUGGAAAUUGUAAAUGUAGCUCAUGCACAAGGAAUUGUAGUUAAUAAUGUCCGGCCAUCAUGUUUUAUUAUGUCCUCAUUUAACCACGUUUCCUUCAUUGAGUCUGCAUCUUGUUCAGAUUCUGGAUCUGAUUCUGUUGAGGAUAGUUUAAACGGUCGAACCAUGGGGGUUAAUGAUUUAUCCUCUUGUUUUCCCCAUGACAUGUCUCAAAGAAGUAGGUUAAUGGAUGAAGAUCUCCAAACUCCAACAAAUGCUUUAUCAGAAGCCAGUUGCAUGCAGUCAAGUUCAGUUUGUGCGAGAAAUGCACUGUUAGAAGAGAGUAAAGAAAAUAAAAUUUUAGAUAGGAGGAAUUUUGAACAAGUAGAAGAGAAGAUGCAACCAUUUCCAAUGAAGCAGAUAUUGCUCAUGGAGACCAGUUGGUACACCAGUCCUGAAGAGGUUGCUGGUUCUCUACGCACAUGUGCUUCUGACAUUUAUAGGUUGGGGGUUCUCUUAUUUGAGUUAUUCUGCCCAUUUAUCUCCAGAGAAGAAAAGACCAGAACAAUGUCUAGUCUGAGACAUCGAGUUCUUCCUCCUCAGUUGCUUCUGAAGUGGCCAAAGGAAGCUUCAUUUUGUUUAUGGUUAUUGCAUCCUGAGCCAAGUAGUCGACCAUGCAUGGGUGAGUUGUUACAAAGUGAGUUUCUUAAUGAACCCAGAGAUAAUCUGGAAGAACGUCAGGCAGCAAUUGAACUUAGGGAGAGAAUUGAGGAGCAGGAAUUGUUGCUUGAAUUCCUUGUGCUGAUACAACAAAAAAAACUGGAAGCUGCCAAUAGAUUGCAAGAUACCAUUUCUUUUCUAUGUUCUGAUAUUGAAGAAAUUAAGAAGCAACAAGCAAUUUUAAAGAAAAAGGGAAGCUCGCAAUCAGAAGUUGGGAAGGAUGACUACUCUUCAUCAAAUCUUCCCUCAAUAAACAUUGUUGAUAAUGAUGAUCCUUCUAGGUUGGUGUCUAGAAAAAGAUUCAGACCAGGACUUAAUAUUCACAACGUAGAAGAAAGUGGUGAUAAUCUAGACAGUGAUAAAAAAUCAGAAGCACUCGCCGGAAAUCAAGAAAAUAUUCUCCUGAGAAGUUCUCGGUUGAUGAAGAACUUUAAGAAACUAGAGUCAGCUUACUUUUUGACAAGAUGUAGGCCGGUCAAACCGUUAGGGAAACCAUUGGUUAGACAUUCACCAAUAAAUAGUGAUGGCCGAGGAUCUAUUGUUCUGACUGAAAGAAGUUCUGUCAAUAAUUUACCCUCAAAAGAGCAGCAUAUUGAGGGCACAGACAGUGGAUGGAUAAAUCCCUUCCUUGAGGGUUUGUGCAAAUAUCUAUCUUUCAGUAAGUUAAAAGUUAAGGCAGAUUUGAACCAAGGAGAUUUGUUAAAUUCUUCCAACCUUGUCUGUUCCCUUGGUUUUGAUCGUGAUGGAGAAUUUUUUGCCACAGCCGGUGUAAAUAAGAAGAUCAAAGUAUUUGAAUGUGAUGCAAUCAUAAAUGAUAAUCGUGAUAUUCACUAUCCUGUGGUUGAAAUGUCAAGUCGAUCAAAGUUGAGCAGCAUAUGUUGGAAUAGUUAUAUUAAAAGCCAAAUUGCUUCAAGUAACUUUGAAGGUGUGGUGCAGGUGUGGGAUGUUACAAGAUGUCAAGUACUCACAGAAAUGAAAGAGCAUGAGCAGCGUGUAUGGUCCAUUGACUUCUCCUCAGCAGAUCCAACAAUGUUGGCUAGUGGGAGCGAUGAUUUCUCUGUCAAGCUAUGGAGUAUCAAUCAGGGAGUAAGUAUUGGUACCAUCAAAACAAGGGCCAAUGUUUGUUGCGUCCAGUUUCCAUUGGAUUCUGGUCGUUCGCUUGCAUUUGGUUCGGCAGAUCAUAAAAUUUAUUACUAUGAUCUUCGAAACUUUAGAACUCCUCUGUGCACAUUAGUUGGACACAGUAAAACUGUUAGUUAUGUCAAGUUUGUUGAUGCAACAACGAUUGUUUCUGCAUCAACUGAUAAUACACUGAAGCUCUGGGAUCUGUCAAUGGGCACAUCUCGGGUGAUUGAUGCUCCCCUUCAUUCAUUUACAGGCCACAUGAAUGUAAAGAACUUUGUAGGCUUGUCGGUGUCUGAUGGUUACAUUGCCACUGGAUCAGAAACUAAUGAGGUUUUCAUCUACCAUAAAGCUUUCCCAAUGCCAGCAUUGUCAUUCAAGUUCAACAGCACAGACAUGUUUUCUAGUCACGAAAUAGAUGAUUCUUUGCAGUUCAUCUCUUCUGUUUGUUGGCGUGGCCAGUCUUCUUCUACCUUAGUCGCUGCAAAUUCUACUGGAAAUAUCAAAAUUUUGGAGAUGGUUUAAUUUGGAGUCCUCUGCUCUCGAAACCCUUCAAGAGGAUGCAGAAGAAUUGUACAACAACAAGAAUCAUAUUGAAAGAGCUCAAGGGUAUAGCACCCCAAAAACAAUUUUUGGCAGUAGAUGAUAAUUGAUAGCGGAUGCAUUUAAAAUAUUAGAGACUUAAUCAAAUCUCUGUAGAUAAAAUUCAAGGAGGAAAACAAAAGGAUAAGAAAAUCACCUUCUCCUGUAUAUUUUGUAAUGCCAUAUAGUUUCAUAGCCAUUUUUUGAGUGAUUACAAUUAUUUUCAGAUGCCUCAUCUCUGUUGUUGCUCAAUACUCUGCUGGACCAUGUUGGAGCUCCUCUUCACACAAAAAACCAAUUUCAGAACAGUAGUUCUUACAAUAAUAAGAGCACGAAUCUCUAUACUUCUGUUGGUUGGAUGGGUUUUUCAUGGUCAAAAGAAUGGAUAGAGCACCAUUUGUUCUGUUAAUACCUCUUACAUUUGUCAUUGUGAUUAUUAGGUAAAAUCUGGAAUGCUCAUAUGGCAUCCAAACUUAAUGCAGUGAUCUCUCCUGAUGAAGGGUGUUAACAUGUCGGCUGUGAACUCUUGUUUCACCUGAUCUUGAUAGCUGGACGGUCUGUAUCUCUUCUUAAAAGGUGAAAUGAAUGGCAGACGCAAGAGGACGUUGCUGGUAAACCCAGGUUGCUAAGCAAGAACACAAUCCUCCAGAAGGAUUGGAUUAAGAACUUAAAAUGGUAAGGUAUAAAGAAAACGAGAAACAUCAAGAGAGCCCUUCAAUGCUAUGGAAGUAUGGAACAAUACAUCUGAUCCAAUUAUCAGAAGAGGGGCCAACGCAUCCUCAAAGUACUGUU